CGUUGUUCGUGCAAAUACUUCGUACUAACAUUUGGAAGUAGCUCACUAAGUUAAAAGGUACAGGAAAAUGGAAGCAGAACUACAUAUUAUGUUCUCCUGGGUAGAAUAUUUAGUGGUGGCGAUCAUGCUACUGCUCUCUGUCCUAGUUGGCGUCUACUACACCUUCUUCAACAAGCAGAAGACCUUCAAGGAUUACAUGCUGGGCGGGAAGACUAUGGGAGUGCUCCCCGCAUCUAUGUCCUAUGUAGCCAGCUAUAUUUCAGGAAUCGCUCUGCUGGGCAUUCCUGUUGAGGUGUACUUGCAUGGGACUCAAGUGUUCAUCGGGCACUUGGCGUCUAUAGUAGCGCUGGCAAUAGGAGGUAUUUUCUAUCUUCCCGUAUAUUUAAAUCUUCAACUUGACUCAAUUUUUCAGUAUUUGGAGCUGAGGUUCAAUACCAGGGUCAGGAUUCUAGGCACACUAUUGUAUACCUGCAUACUGGUGGUGUAUAUGCCUGUUGUGUUAUUUGUUCCAGCUAUUGCGUUUAAUCAAGGUAAAUGCACUUUUAAUUACAGGUCUAUCCAUGUCUGCACAUGGGUUACUAGCAUAUGUUGUCUACUGUAUACCACCUUUGGAGGUCUGAGAGCAGUAAUGUGGACCGACACCAUACAGAACGUGUUCACACUUUUUGGAACGAUAUUUAUUGUUGUGGUGGGGUGUUGGAAACUCGGCGGCCCACGAGAGGUUCUAAGAAUAAACGAACAAGGAACAAGGCUAGAGCUAUUCAACUUUGACCCAGAUCCUACUGCACGUAACACUGUGUGGACUGUAAUAAUCGGCUACACGUGUAACUAUAUGACUGCACUUGUAGCCAACCCCGGGUCCUUCCAGAAGUUCCUCUCCGUUCCCACGUACAGACACGCCAAGUGGGUUCUGUUCUACAGCGGCAUUGGGUUUAUAGUGAUAAACACCUUUUGCUAUUUCCUUGGAGUCGUUCUGUACGCGAGAUACCAUCACUGUGAUCCUGUCGCCGCAGGUGUUAUCGCUAAGGCCAAUCAAAUGGUGCCCCUGUACGUGAUGGAAGUUGGUAGAGACUAUCCUGGACUCGCGGGACUGUUCAUGUCUGGAGUCAUGAGUGCAGCUCUUAGUACACUGUCGGCCUGGCUUAAUGCUGUGGGAGGAAUAUUGUAUACAGAUUUCAUGGAAGUGUUCUAUCCCAGAGUAAAACACUCUGAAGAAAAACAAUUCACUAUUAUAAAAUCAAUUAUCGUCAUCGUAUGCAUAAUUUCCUCAUCGCUGGUUGUAGUAAUUGAGAAACUAGGGACCAUCUAUCAGGUGACAGUGAGUAUGCUCAGUAUUGUUUAUGGUGCGACUUUGUCACUGUUUACACUUGGAAUAUUCUUCCCAUGUGUAAAUUCAAAGGGUGCCAUAGCAUCAGCGGUCGCGAGUCUGCUGGUAUCCAGUUGGGUGAUCAUAAACGCUCAGUUAUAUGCUUUGGAAGGAAAACUUCGAUUCCAAGGGAAAGUCACCAGUAUAGACAAUUGCCCUGCCAAUAUAAGUGACAAUUUUAAUUCCAGUACUUCAAGCCUCUUCAACUAUACUGGGGUAGGAUCUCCCGUGGUUGCGGAUAGUUCUGUGCCACUCUUGUACCAACUGUCUUACAACUAUUACUCUCUGCUUGGCACUCUGACUGGAGUAGUGGCAGGCCUGAUCGUGUCCUUACUCACCGGAACUCCCAACACCGCAACAAUGAACCCUGACCUCUUCAGUCCCUACGUGCGCAGAUUUCUGCCAAGAGCGAAUCAGCAAUUACAUCUUAACAAAAACGAGUACAUGUUAACACAUUUAAAUGAUAGUGAGAAUCCAAACAUAGAUGUCGUGGAUCCGCUGAAACCUAAUGUUGCUACACAUUGACAUUUAUUUGUCAAGAGAUUUCUUAGAAUAUCAACUACAGUUAUUGUGUAUAAAAAUACAGUUUUUUUAUUACA